AUGAAGGCUGUCCUGUGGCUGCUGCUGGCCGGGCUCUGUCUCUGCCAGAGCUUGACCGUCGACUGGGACAGAGGGCAGCUGGUAGUUAGAGGACUCGAUGGAAGGAUCAUUAAAGAUGGAGAUGGAGAUGGAGAUGGAGACUCUCUCUGGCUGGUUUCUUCUUCCUUCGAGUCUCGUCUCUGGGAAUCACCGUCAACUUCGACUUCAACUUCAGCAUCACCACUUACCAUCACCCUGCCGUCCCUCCUUCUGCGCCUCCACAGGCCUUCUCACAUCUUCACCCUCGAACUCCGGCGUGAUGGCUCUCCGCUGCUCCUCUCCGCGCCCUUCUCCAUCCCCCCAGCCAGACUGACUCAACGCUCUCCAUCGUCAGCCUCGCCAUCCCCAUCAAUUGAACCAGCGCCGGGUUUCCGCAAGGACGAACAUCCUAACCCGGGUGCCAGCCAGGGCCUGGCAUGGGGUGUCACCAUCGCCAGUCUCGCGGCCUCGGGUCUCGCAGCGUGGCUUUGCAUCUACCGGCUGAGGAAGAGGAGACGACUUGCGGGGGGGCCUAGAGAUUCAGCUGGACACAGCAUCAACGGCGACGAAGAGGAUGAAGUAGGUCAAGUCGAUGGGCAGGUCAAUGGACAGGUCAAUGAAGAACAGGGACAAGGACAAGGACAUGGAACCGAGAUGGAGGUUCUUCAGGAUAGACAAAAGGAGAAGACAGAAGAGAAAGAAGAGACGGGGAAGAAAAGCGAGGCUACAGGUCACCUCGACAGUGCGAUGAUGGCCCGGCUGGGGGUGUAG